CCAGAGGAGCGCCAUGGCUGACCAGCUCACUGAGGAGCAGAUUGCAGAGUUCAAGGAGGCGUUCUCGCUCUUCGACAAGGAUGGGGAUGGCACCAUCACCACCAAGGAGCUGGGCACUGUCAUGCGCUCACUGGGCCAGAACCCUACUGAGGCUGAGCUGCAGGACAUGAUCAAUGAGGUGGAUGCUGAUGGCAACGGCACCAUCGACUUCCCCGAGUUCCUCACCAUGAUGGCGAGGAAGAUGAAGGAUACGGAUAGUGAGGAGGAGAUCCGUGAGGCUUUCCGUGUCUUUGACAAGGAUGGGAAUGGGUACAUCAGCGCAGCGGAGCUGCGGCACGUGAUGACCAACCUGGGGGAGAAGCUGACGGAUGAGGAAGUGGAUGAGAUGAUCCGAGAGGCUGACAUCGACGGCGAUGGGCAGGUCAACUAUGAGGAGUUUGUGCAGAUGAUGACGGCGAAGUGAGAGGGCAUGAGGCCACCGAGAACCCCCCUGCUGCCUCUGCCUGUCCCUGCCACCAAGAGGUCCCCGGGUUCCCCCUGCACCCCAAACCCCCCAUUUGGGGGCACCCAUGGGGGUGCUG